AUGGCCGCGGCGCCCGGAGGGUCAGCGCCGCCCACCGGCCCCGGCCCGCGCGUGGGUUUCAGCACCGCGGACAGCGGCGUCGGCUUGAGCGGGCUGCCCCCAGGUCCUGCCGCGCCCAGGAAGGACCACGACGCCAUCAAGCUCUUCGUGGGGCAGAUCCCGCGGGGCUUGGAUGAGCAGGACCUCAAGCCGCUGUUUGAGGAGUUCGGCCGCAUCUACGAGCUGACGGUGCUGAAGGACCGGCUCACCGGCCUCCAUAAAGGCUGUGCCUUCCUCACCUACUGCGCCCGGGACUCUGCUCUCAAGGCUCAGAGUGCACUGCACGAGCAGAAGACCCUGCCAGGGAUGAACCGUCCAAUCCAAGUGAAGCCAGCUGCCAGUGAGGGCCGAGGAGAAGACCGGAAGCUGUUUGUGGGGAUGCUGGGGAAGCAGCAGGGUGAGGAUGCUGUCAGGCGCCUGUUCCAGCCCUUCGGCCACAUCGAGGAGUGCACCGUCCUGCGGAGCCCGGAUGGCACCAGCAGAGGCUGUGCCUUUGUGAAGUUUGGGAGUCGGGGGGAAGCUCAGGCGGCCAUCCAGAGUCUGCACGGCAGCCGGACCAUGGCGGGUGCCUCAUCCAGCCUCGUGGUCAAGCUGGCCGACACGGACAGGGAGCGAGCCCUGCGCCGUCUGCAGCCGCCGGCGGCCCAGCUGGGCGCCUUCCAGCCGGCGCCGCAGCCGCUGGGGCCCCGCGGAGCCUACGCCGCAGCGGUUCUGCAGCGGCAGGCGGCCCUGCUGGCCGCGGCCCGAGGCCCGGGGCUGGGCCCGGUGGCGGCACAGAUGCAGCACGUGGCGGCCUUCAGCCUCGUGGCCGCGCCGCUGCUCCCCGCGGCAGGUACUGAGCGGGGGCGGGGCCGGGGGCGGGGCUCCCCUCCUGGCGGCCCGGCACCUCUCGGAGUCCAUGCGCUCAGCUCCUUGACCCCUCAGACCAACGGGCACCCGGGCCCUGACACGCUCUACACUAACGCGCUCUCCCCUUACCCAGCCCCGAGCCCAGGUGUGGCUGACCCGCUGCAGCAGGCCUACGCUGGGAUGCACCACUACGCAGCCUACCCGUCAGCCUAUGCCCCAGUGAGCACAGCUUUCCCUCAGCAGCCUUCAGCCCUGCCCCAGCAGCAAAGAGAAGGGCCCGAAGGCUGUAACCUCUUCAUCUAUCACCUGCCUCAGGAGUUCGGUGAUGCAGAGCUCAUACAGACCUUCCUGCCCUUUGGAGCUGUUGUCUCUGCCAAAGUCUUUGUGGAUCGAGCCACCAACCAGAGCAAGUGUUUUGGGUUUGUUAGCUUUGACAAUCCAACCAGUGCCCAGACAGCUAUUCAGGCCAUGAAUGGCUUUCAGAUCGGCAUGAAGAGGCUCAAGGUCCAGCUAAAGAGGCCCAAGGAUGCCAACAGGCCUUACUGAUAUGCUCUCACUGACCAGUCACAGAAAGAUUCGGAAGAGUGAGAAGAAGAAAAGAGAGGAAAAGCACAGAAGCGCUUAAGCAGCCCUUCUUGAAGGAGCAGCCACAGACGGAGGUGGAUUGGACCCAAGGCCAGUGCCUGGGGCUCAGGCCACUUUAAGGAUUGUCUUCAUCAAGUGGGUUGUUCUAUGCCUGUGACAUAAAGCUCAGACUGGAAAGGCCGCUGGGGCUGGCUGAAGAUGGACUGUCAAAGGGAACCAGCAGAGGGACUUGGGGGUGCCAGGGUCUUCUCUGCAAGGGAAGCCCAGAUUUACUUUGUUCAAAAUCAUAUCAUUUCUUAGAGUUUGAGGACCAAAGGACUAUUGCUUUUUAAAGAAUAUAUAUAUACCAAAACAAAACACAUACAAGAGAAACACAAAAGACAGUAUAGAGUCUCAUAAAAGCUGCCUUUAAAUGUCCCUAGGAGACAGGGUGAAGUAGACUUUUAAAAGCCCAAGCCUAUUCAAAGGGAGGCUGUAGAGAGACUGUUCUGUGUCACCUAUUCCCUUAAACCAUCUCCCCAUCCUGCCUUUCUAAAAUAAUUAAGGACUUGAGGCCUAGGCUCAGAUGCAGGUGACAAGAGAGUUAUGGAAGCAGAGGACCCACAGUACCCAGACGCAGAGAGCAGCACCGAAGAGGCCUCAGGAGGAACUCUGCCCUGCCCUGGCCUUUACCACCAAGAGGGGGACCUGCCUCUCUUUCCUGACAGCCUUUCCUGUGGAACCACUACUUCUCUGGGCUGGGAGAAAAAGGGAGUUUGGGCCACCCUAGCUUUCCCCUUCCCUCUCCAUAUAGACAGAGGCCCUGCCUUUGGCUGAGCCGAGACACCUCCUAUUUGCCCUCACCUUGAGCCAGCCCCAGUGUCCCCUUGCUCCCGGCCACCUUCUGUUUCUCAGUUUGACCACCUGUAAAGUAGAUUCAGGAUACAUGCAGAGGGCCGUGACAACAGACUUGGAAGUUUGCUGCUGUAUAUACUGCCAUUAAAAAGGGAACAAUUUUCAAUAUGUAGAAGCUUCAGAAUUUAAAGUCCCUCUUUACCCAGGACCUGGGAGAGUAGAUGUUUUGCCAAAAUACUUCUUCAUUCCUUUAAAAAGUACAUCUUUCUUAUGCAAUAGUGUUUCACGUGCUUAUCCAGGGUGCUUCUAGAUGGUUAGCAGUGUUCAGCUUAGUAGUGAUGUGUGCUUUGUCUGUCUUUGUCUGUCUGUUGUAUACAGUGGGUGCCAUAUAAAGCUGAUCAAUGGUGGUACUUCCUGCCUGCGUCUAUGAGAUGGGCAAAAGAUUUCAGCUUAGAACACCAUGAUUCAUCUUGCCUCUGCCAGCCUUUCCUGGGCCUGCAGGGACUUGCACAUAUUUUUCUCAGAAGGAUAAUUUCCUCUCCACCCCAUAGACAUGGAUCAAACUGGUCUGUGGCCCCAGCUGUGUGGUGGGCACUCUGAUCCCCAGAUGUUGAUGAGGCUGGAGGCCUUUUAUCUGAUAGUAAAUCAGAUAGUAAAGGAUGUGAGGGUUGGAUCAGAGGGUUCAUCCUUCAUAACAGUUUUUAAGAAAACUUAUUCCUACCUUGUCCUCUGUCCUUGACUCAUUUUUGGAAGGAAUGGGAUGAAAAAAUAGAUCCAGUAAUAAAAUUACCAGGUAAUGUGUGGUAUAUAUCAACUAAUAAUUUCCAACUGAGAGAGGAACCAGUGUUGAGGGCACCUGUACAUCAGCACAAUGCUGACACAUAGACUGCCCACCCUAGACACUGAUGGAGAUAGGUAGCACUGCAUAUUCAAACAGAUGUUCACAUAGAGGUAUAGAAGCCCCCUCAGUACUAGGUGCUAAGCACUGUGCUAGGAGCCUGGGCUCAGGCAUGUUCCAAAGUUAGGAGGAAAGACAGACCGAUAAUGUAGUUAUAAUGGAGGGCCACGUAGGGUCUAUGAUAACAAGAAGAGUACUAAUUCAGACUUGAUAGAUCAGAAAAAGGUUUCCUAGAGGAGAUAGAAAAGGAAAAGAAAGGAAAGGGGAAGGGGAAGGGGAAAGGCAAAGAAAA